CUCUCGAUGAUUUUUUGAGUUGUUGUUUUUGGGGUUUUGGUUUUUUCAUUUUCUUUCCCAAAAUUUUAGUUUUUUGUGUCUUUAUUCCCGGUUUAGUCUCAUUUUUAUUAAAUUUAUUUCCCUCCAAAAUCUCUUCUUUUUCCUUUUUAUCUUUUUCCGUCUCCUCUUUUACUGUACUAUUUAUUUGUCCUCCAACAUCUCCAAACAACUUUUCGUCCAAUUUGUUUAGUUCUUCUGCUAAUUCUGCCAAAGUUAAUUUUAGAGAUUGUUUGGGUUGUUUGUCCUUCUUUUUUUGUUUUUCCUGGAUCUUCUUUUUCUUUGUCUUUUUUGGGGGUACUGGAUUUAGGGUGGAAGUUACUGCUGUUGUAUCUGUAUUAUCUAAAAGUAAAUUUCUUUUUAUUUUGAAAAAUGUAAUGUUAUUGUCUAUAUCUUGAUGUUAAGGUAAAUAAUGAGUAUAAUCCCUAGUAGGGUUAUUCUCCGAUGGUGGGGGAGGGGGGGGGGAAGGGCACGGGGAAGAAUUUUCGGGGAGGCAGCGACACGGGUAGGGGGAAGGGACGGGUACAAAACCGUUCUUUUUUCACGUGGGGAGGACGGGGAUGGGAAAAUUUUUCCUUUUUCACGGGGGUGCAGGGAAUUUUCAAAAAAUCUCUAA